AAGUCUGCACUUUCUUCGCACAGCUGAUUACAACACAGAGGAUGUGGAUAGUGAAGUUUUUCCUGUUUGAUGUCACACUGUUACCCUUUAAAAGUUGGAGCGGGAAAAGGAGGGAACCCAGCCUAGGAGCCUCAGCGCAGCUACCUGCAAGGAAGAGGAGGAAGAGACCAAGAAGGAGGGUCAGGUUUCAGACUUAAUCCCAGUCAGUCAGAGUGUGUUGAGAUGCUGGGGACCUACUUUGGGCUCCUGGUCUGUGCCCUGAGCCUGGUCAGAGCCUAUCCUGAUGCCUCCCCAUGGCUCAGCUCCAGCUGGGGCGGUCUGACCCACCUGUACACUGCCACAGCCAGAAACAGCUACCACCUGCAGAUCCACAAGGACGGCCACGUGGAUGGCGCACCCUAUCCAACCAUCUACAGUGCCCUGACCAUCAGAUCAGAGGAUGCUGGCUUCGUGGUGAUAACAGGGGUGAUGAGCAGGAGAUUCCUCUGCAUGGAUUCCCGAGGCAACAUAUUUGGAUCUCACUACUUCAGCGCUCAGGACUGCCGGUUCCGACACCGCACGCUGGAGAAUGGCUACGACAUCUACCACUCUCCCGAGCACCACUUUCUGGUCAGCCUGGGCAGGACCAAGAAGUUCUUCCUGCCGGGCACCAACCCGCCGCCCUACUCUCAGUUCCUGUCUCGCAGGAACGACCUGCCCCUGGCCCGCUUCGUCACGCCGGGGCCGCGGCGACACACACGCAGCGCCGAGGAGGACCCGGGCCGCGACCCGCUGAGCGUGCUCAAGCCCCGGCCCCGCGCCGCGCCCGCGCGCGCAUCCUGCUCGCAGGAGCUGCCCAGCGCCGAGGACGCGGGCCCGGCCAGCGACCCCCUGGGCGUGCUGCGGGGCGCCAGGGUGCACGCGCACGGCGGGGCGCGCGCCGAGCGGUGCCGCCCGGGGUUCGGGGCCAAGUAGGGGGCCGCGCAGCCCGUGCCCACCUCUGCGAAUUAGAACCCACAGGCGAACCAGGGACCGAAGGGGACUUCCCUCUUGGUCACGUUAGUGCCGGGGGUCCGGGCAGCUCUUCCACGCCCCGCAGGUGUGGUGCUGGACGCUCUGCACCCUGCUAGGUCCUCGGCUGCGGACGCUAAAGCUGGCCUGGGCACACGGAUGGAAACACCCCUUCCAAGUCUUCUGCCCUGAGCAUCUCUGGGGCAGAAUUAUCAAAAAAGAAAGGAAAAGACUGGUGGCCAGUACCUGGCAAGGAGGCCGACUAGAGCAGGACGUUCUGCCUCGCUGAGGGUGGAACCCUUUGCCUCUCUCUUCCCCUUCUUCAGAGAGCCCCAGAGAGCCCACAGUGACCCUCACCGUUCCCAAGUGGGGGCUAACUUAGGUUCCCCCCCAUGUUUGGCUCUAAUGACUUUGACUCAAGGAACAGGUUCGUGAAAAUUUACUCUGCUAGGAUUUGUUUUGCAAAGUGAAAGUGCAUUUACUCUCCCCUAGGGACAACUAAUUAAGUUUCUGCUUGCCAAGGAGUCAGGCUUUCUGCCUGAGCUCCAGAAGGUGGCCAGAAAGGGGCCUGGAGACACCGGGCCUGCUUUGGGUGAGGUUCUCUGUGGACUGAAAAGUUGUGUCCUUUUUCUCAGUAAAGUGGAAUCAAAAACUCGGGGAGGAGGAGAAAGCUUAAUAACCAGAGGUGCAAGAGCAAAACGGCUGUCGGAUUAAGGGACUUGUCCGGGUCUGGUUGGACUUGGACAUUUCUGGGCGUUGAAUGAAGACAGCGCUCAGUCCGAGAGCCCCACUGCUGGAAAACGCAGCCGCCCUUUGCGCGCUGGCGGGAGAGGCCGCCCUCAUCUCAGCCUAGCUGCACACUCAGAUUCUUCCUACGAGUGACCCCAUUCUCCUAUCUCUAUUUAAAUGACCUCCUAAAGUGACUCCCUUAAUAAGAAAAGUCCACCCACGCAACUUCUUUAUGUGUGUGUGUGUGUGUGUGUGUGGUAUUAGGGAUUGAACUCAGAGCCUUGUGCAUACUAGGCUAACACUCUACCGCUGAGCUACAUCCCCAGCCUAACUCGUACAACUUCUUUCCCCUUUUUAUUUCCCUGCCAUCCUAUGCCCAAACCUAGAGACUGACCCCUGUCUUUGCUUAUAAGAACAAUUUUGGAUGACUGUUUUUACCUGAUGAUUUUAAACGGAGCUUGAAGGACCAGUUCCUAUUGUGAAACACUAAAACCAUGUAUAGCAAUUACAGCCUUGUAUGAUAAAUGUUUCUUUUAAUGGUUUUUGCUUCCUGUUGGGGGAUAUUAUUCUGUACACUAGCUACCGGAGCCCUGCCCCAACCUUACUGAUAACUAGAUGGAAAAUCCCAAAAAGACUUUGGUAAAAAACUGUUUGAUAUCUCAGAAAGUCAACAACACCACCAUCAAGAGCUCUAUACCUAGUAGAGCUAAGGCAGCCCCUGCAACUUCUUGUGUCCCUUGGCAUGUGGCAAUAUUUAUUUAUUUAUUUGGAAAAUUUUUGCCUAUCACUCUGUAUUUAUAGAUAUUUAUAAAAAUUUAAUCUCACUCUUCUCUUCAAAAAAAUAAAAUUUA